AGAACUAUGCGCUCAUCUGUUCGAAGAAGCGUGUGCUCCUACCUGCCGGAGAAACACUUGUUACAGCCGCUGCGUCGGAAUUCCGUGUUCGGAUCUUCUGCGUAGAACAUUUCCGUGGUAAAAAUUUGCAUAAAAAUAUCGGAAAAUGACUAGCAUUUUAAGCCGGCUAUUAACGGCAGACAAACCGUGGACUGCCCCAUAUCGAUCACCAACUUACCCUGUGGUACCGGGCCCCAUGCAAUCCUUGGCCCCCCAGCAUAAUGUUGUAAGCGGUAACGCUUUUCCUCCGGUACAAGUACCGGCCCAAAGAAAGAAAAAAACAUCUAGAAAAUCGCAAGAUGCUCCGGUCCGGUUCGGUCGUGUCCCCAAGAGAGAGAAGGCCAAAAUCCUCGCUGCAAUGCAGAAGGUGAACGCCAGUAGCCACGAGAAGGCCCUGUGCGCCGAGCUGGAGGAUGAGCUUCACCUGCUGAGCACAGUGGUGCAGGCUCACGAAGAGACCUGCGAUUACACCCGCGAGAAGGUGGUUGCCCUCAUCGAGAAGGCCCGAUCGCAACAAGUCUACGCCCAGGGCACGCCCACACUGGCUUGUCCUUUGAAUCCUUUACCACAUAUCCUAGAAAAUGGAGUUUCCCACUACAUGGAAGAUUUCUCCCAAAGAUUUGCACCAGCCAUCAAAGGAGUUGUCGAGUUUGCCAAACGAGUACCUGGUUUUAACUUUCUGACUCAAGAGGACCAAGUCACUCUUCUGAAGGCUGGUGUGUUUGAAGUACUUUUGGUGCGUCUAGCCAGCAUGUUUGACUCCCAAACGAAUUCUCUAAUUUGCUUAAAUGGUCAAGUUCUGCGAAGGGAAUCCCUACAUACAGCUAGCAAUGCCAGAUUCCUCUUGGACUCCAUGUUCGACUUUGCAGAAAGACUGAAUACUUUGCACCUGUCAGACAAUGAAGUUGGCCUCUUCUCUGCUGUUGUUGUUAUUGCUCCCGAUCGCCCUGGACUCAGAAAUGUAGAUUUGGUGCUGAAAAUUCAAAAGAAAAUGAUGGACAUUUUGCAAAAGUCUAUAACCAGAAGCCAUCCUGAGAACCCUAACAUAUUUGAGAGCCUUAUGAAGAAAAUUCCUGAUCUUCGUACAUUGAACACUUUGCAUUCUGAAAAGCUUUUAGCAUACAAAAUGGAGCCAUGUACCAAUGUAGGAGAGCACAGUAGCAUUGCGGAAAAUAUUUCCAAUCCUAAUGCAUACCCUGCUAUUCCUCAUGACAUCUUGAGUCAGUAUGCCAGUCAUGCCCUACUGUCAAUGCCUUGCAUGUCCCCUGUCGAAGACUUGCGCAGCACAUCGCCUGGCCAACACAGUCAGCAUGGUGGCAGCACAACAGGUAGUGAAUGGAGCACCACCGAUUCCAAAGAUGAACAUGAUCUUGUUGGCUCUCCAAGGUCGAUUGGCAGCAGUGGAAUUGGCGUAGAAGAUGUUAAAAGUCCUAUCAGGACAUCCAGUUUCUCUAGUUCUCGUAGCUAUGCGAAUGAAGAAAGCUGGGUCACUGAACAUGCCCCAUCUGUCAUGGAGUACCAUCAACACCUACCAAAACGAACUGCUGAGAAUCCUGGUUCUGAGCACGGCAGUAGUUCUGGAGACGAAGGCUACUUUGUUGACAGCCCAGUCAAAGGACCAAUCUACCCAAAACUAAGGCGGGUUGAUUCUCCUACAGAUUCUGGCAUCGAGAGCGGAAAAGAACAUGGUCCAAGCACAACACCGACCAUUUCAGUUUGCUCUAGUCCGCGAUUGUCAGCAGAUGAAAAGAUGAAAGAUAUGACCGAUCAUGAUCAGCAUCAGCAGAGUCAGGAAAAGUUUAACAGCAUUGAAGAUAUGCCUGUUUUAAAACGAGCAUUGCAAGCACCUCCUUUGGUCAACACAAACAUGUUGAUGGAUGAAGCAUACCGUCACCACAAAAAGUUUCGGGCUGCAAGGAGGGAAGCAGAGAGUCCAUCCAGUCCUAGCCAGAUUUCCUUAGCCAGUACACAUAGCACACUUGUUAGAACUCUUGAACAAGCACCUAGGUAUCUGAGUGAACAACAAUUAAAAAGGACUGAUUUGAUCCAUAAUAUUAUCAUGCGCAAUGAAACCUUACCUGGUCAGCAGCAUGCUGGUCACUCUCCACACCAUCAGAAUCAAUCCCAAUCUCCAUCUCAAUCCCAUCAUGUUGAAGCACAAUCGCUUACCUGCCCUAGCAUGCAGAAUGGCAACCAUACUUUCAGCAGUGUUCCUAAUAACUCCUCCUCAGUGCCACCUCCAACUUUCACCUCAUCCCCUUCUCCUCCCCAACACAAAAGUUUGCUUUUGUGUCCCAAUGGAUACUAUGUACAGCAUGCAGGUAAUGUUCAACAAGCAGCAUCUAUUUAUUCCCCAUCAACCACAGUUUCCUGGCCUUUUACGCAACAAACCUCAGUGGCCACUGUUUCGUCUGCAUCAAAUCUUCAAAUUCAUGCUUACGAACAGUCUCAGAAUAUGCAACAGAACUCUCCUGUUUCUCAACAGAACUAUGGUUCCUCUAACCAAGUGGUCAAUACCUCAAGGGCAGGUUCUCCGAGGUUGAUCUACAACCCACGCUCGCCAAAUACUUCCACGUCCCCUCUAGUCAUGAAUGGAUUGUGCUCUUCUAGGAUCCCUUCUCCGGUGAACCAAAUGGAUUCGAGGCCUGUGCAGUCUGAAGCUCCUCGCAAACCCAAUGGCGAGUCUCAGCCACUCAACCUGUCCAAAAAACUUUUUACCCCACCCAUGCUGAAGAUGGAGUCAUGAUCGUCCAUUUGAAAAAAAAAAAAAAAAAAAAACUUGUUUUCAAAAAUACGGAGUUGCGCUCCCAGUGUCUGCACUUCUCCCUUUCCCCCACCUUGUGAUCAUGCACCUGUUGUGUCUUAACUGGAGACUCUAAACCAGCAUCUGUCGAGAUUACCAAGAUGCUGUUGCCAUGUUUUAAAAAAAAUGUGCCAUUCCAGGUUUGAGAUGGUGUGCAAAGUACACCACUGGUGAGAAAGUUGUAGAAAGAGAACAAUAAUUGUCAUUUGUAAAUAUUUGUAAUAAAUAUAUAAAUGUAUUCAUUUUGUACAAAACAAAGAGAAAAUGAAGUAACAUUCAAUCAUUAUAUGUCUUCAAAGUCUGUGUUGCAAAUAUUUAAAAAAAAAAGACUGGAUUAUUGGAACUGAUGGCAAUGUUUUUUAUUGUAAUCUAGCAUUGAGUAAUAUUAAUGAAAGGGUUACUUGGGGGAGAAGAAAUUGAAUUUCAAUUUUUAACAUCCUAAUAGGAAAUGUUCUUGGGUCUAUUUCUUUAAUUCUGGUCUUUUUUUUCCCCAAAUUAAAGGGUUAGGAAACGGGCCAUAUUAUAGAAAGUUAUGGGUAGUGAAAAUCUGGUGUUGUCUGUAAUGUGUGUAAAUAAGUUUUUUGUAGCACACCUUCUUGGUAAUUUAAUUUUUUAUGCGUGGCAUAUGUGCAGUGGUGUUAAAAAUUUUCGCUCCACAGUAUUAUUGUUAUGAUGAUUAUUAAGAUUAGGCAUAUCUGUUAUUCAGGGAACUGUGGUGAAUCAAAACACUUGGAAAGAAUUUGUAGAUUAUUUCUGUACAUAACUGGUUUUGUGCAGAGCAGUAUAAGAGGUGCUUUAUAAAAAUUGUAGAUAUUUAUUUAUAACUUAGUUAUUAUGUAUUUGAAUUUUUAAUUAUUUUGGGACAUCAGAGAGCAUACAGCUGUGCUUAAGUUAUUUUAUAGAAGUAAAUUUUAUUCAGACAUAUAAUUUACUGAAAUGUUUUCUUUAUCAUAUUUAUGUAAAUAGUGGUGCAGAGAAAUUUUAUAAAGAAGUAGUAAAUUAUAAUUUUUUUUUAGAAUUUCCGACUCUUUGAUUCACCAACCCUGUAUUGUGCUUUUUAAGGUCGUUAGCCAAAACAAAAAAAUGCUGUUACAAUUACAGUUAUGUAGUACAAUCAAACUUUUUAAUUUAAAAUCAUUUAAUUAUGCUGAUCUCUAAGAUCAUACAUUGGUGUGGCUUAAUGCCUGUUAUGUGAUCACGUCAUUUCAUUAAAAAAAAAGAAAACUUUGAGUGAAAAA